AUGGAUGUUGUCAAGGCCGUGGAGACUUACGUCUCCAAGCUAGUAUCGACGCCAAACGCUAUGAAAGUCCUCCUUCUCGACUCGCACACUACCCCGAUUGUGUCACUUGCUUCAACACAAUCCACGCUUUUGUCGCAUCAAGUAUACCUCACCGACCGAAUCGACAAUAAGAAACGCGACCGCAUGCCGCACAUGAAAUGUGUCUGUUUUCUUCAGAGCAACGAUGAAAGUCUCGAGUCCCUGCAGGCCGAGCUACGCGAGCCCAAGUAUGGGGAAUAUUACCUCUACUUUAGCAACAUCCUCACUAAAACCGUCAUCGAGCGUUUGGCAGAAGUUGACGAAUACGAAGUUGUUCGGGAAGUUCAAGAAUAUUUUGCAGAUUACUCCCCUCUCCUCCCUGCACUAUUUUCUCUGAACCACGCGCCGACAGCAACUAAACCGCUGUAUGGGUCCACAUUCAACUCUUGGGACCACUCGGCACUCGAGCGUUCAGUUCAGGGUAUAUCUGCUGUGUUAUUAAGUUUGAAGAAGAAACCUAUCAUCCGUUACGAAAGGAUGAGUGGAAUGGCCAAGAAACUUGCGGUCGAAAUUCACCAUCGAAUACAAGCCGAAUCGACUCUUUUCGACUUCCGAUUAACGCAAGUGCCGCCACUGUUGCUCAUUCUAGACCGAAGGAACGAUCCAGUAACGCCGCUGCUUUCGCAAUGGACAUAUCAAGCUAUGGUUCACGAGCUGUUGGGCAUCCAAAAUGGCCGAGUGGAUCUUAGCAUGGUCCCUGAUAUCAGGCCUGAACUGAAGGAAAUUACCCUAACGCCGUCUACGGACCCCUUCUUCCAGUCACACUUUCUCGACACCUUCGGCGAUCUCGGGACCUCGUUGAAAGACUAUGUGCAAACGUAUCAAUCGCGCUCUCUUGCUCAGGCGCCAUCUUCAAUCAACUCUAUUUCUGACAUGAAGCGUUUUGUGGAAGAAUACCCUGAGUUUCGUAAGCUCGGCGGUAAUGUGAGCAAGCACGUUGCUCUAGUCGGUGAACUUAGUCGCUUGGUGGAUCGAGACAAGUUGCUGGAAGUAGGUGAGGUCGAGCAAGGUUUGGCAACGAGUGCCGGAGCGGAAUUGAGAACCGUUCAAGCUUCAAUUUCGAAUCCAAGCAUUCCACCGUGGGGUAAACUGCGACUUGUGAUAUUGUAUGCAUUGCGGUAUCAGAAGACACAGACGAACAACAUUGCUUCGCUCAUUAACCUUUUGCUAUCGAAUGGCAUCUCUCGAGAGGAUGCGAGAUUGGUUUACGUUUUCCUUAACAUCGCCGGCGCAGACCAACGACAAGAUGAUUUGUUCUCGACCGAAUCACUAUUUGCGAAGGGCCGAUCGGCUUUGAAGGGGCUCAAGGGUGUGGAGAAUGUUUAUACACAACAUCGACCACAUUUAUCACAGACUCUCGAAAACUUGUUCAAGGGCAGAUUAAAGGACACCAGUUAUCCUUUCCUAGAAUCUCCUGGUCCUAAUGCGUCGCUACAAAGACCACAGGAUGUGAUCAUUUUCAUGAUUGGGGGAACAACCUACGAGGAAGCUCGAGCUGUGGCUUUAUUCAACCAAGACCCUGUCUCCGCUUCUAACGGUGGCAUUCCCAGUGGGAGUGGGACUCGAUUGUUACUCGGCGGAACUUGCGUCCAUAAUUCUUCUUCCUAUCUUGAAAUGGUCAGAUCUGCAGCGACCCAGUUCUCGCCAGCGGUAUACGAUCCGCCACCAGAGUCAGCAACAACCGCUCCAACGUUGAACUUGAAUCUUGGAGGUGUGAAUGUCAGUCUAGGAGGGUCAACAACAGGAGUGUACAGGACAGCGGGAGACCCGAUCGUUGGGGUACAGACGGAAGGGAUACGAGACGGCGUGAAAAAUCUAAUUGGUAAAGUGGGUCGACCAAUGGCAAAAGGAUUUCUGGCUGGUCUCAAAGGCGUAGAUGCCUUUGGAAAAACUACGGAAGAUGUGAAAGUUAAGACCCGCACGGGUGCCUUUUUAACGAUACUCUCUGCCGCCAUCAUAUUGGCAUUCACCACUAUGGAGUUCUUCGACUACCGACGGGUUACUAUCGAUACCUCCAUUGUCGUCGACAAGAGCAGAGGCGAGAAACUCACUGUGAAGAUGAACGUCACCUUCCCGAGGGUGCCAUGUUACCUCCUCAGCUUAGAUGUCAUGGACAUCAGCGGCGAGACCCAGCGCGACAUUUCACACAACAUCCAGAAGCAGCGUCUGCAGUCUGACGGUCAACGUGUCCCAAACGCUAUAUCUUCGGAACUGGGUAACGAACUCGAUGCCCACAACGCGGCUAGAGAACCUGGCUAUUGUGGCUCAUGCUACGGUGGUUUGGAGCCUGAGGGUGGCUGUUGCCAGACUUGUGAGGACGUCCGACAGUCCUAUGUCAAUCGCGGCUGGAGUUUCUCGAACCCCGAUGCUAUUGAGCAGUGUUUGCAAGAAGGCUGGUCAGACAAGUUAAAGGAGCAAUCAAACGAAGGCUGCAACAUCGCUGGUCGUGUCAGGGUUAACAAAGUCAUCGGCAACAUCCACCUCUCUCCUGGACGUUCGUUCCAAACCAACUCGCGCAACAUCUACGAGCUGGUGCCGUACCUUCGCGACGACGGCAACCGCCAUGACUUUUCACAUACGAUUCAUCAUCUCUCAUUUGAAGGCGACGACGAAUACGAUAUCUACAAAGCCAAAGCCGGCCAUCAAAUGAGAGAUCGAAUGGGGAUUGCUAACAAUCCGCUGGACGGAGCAAUGGCUCGCACGUCCAAAUCGCAAUACAUGUUCCAGUACUUCCUCAAAGUUGUCUCGACUCAGUUCCGCACUUUGGAGGGCAAAAUCGUCAACACUCACCAAUACAGCUCGACCCAGUUUGAACGAGACCUUCGAGAUGGUGGUCAGGGCGACACUCCUCAGGGCGUGCACAUUCAACAUGGCGUCAGUGGUGUCCCCGGAGCGUUCUUCAACUUCGAAAUUUCCCCCAUACUCGUCGUUCACUCAGAGACACGGCAAUCCUUUGCCCACUUUGUCACAUCGACGUGUGCUAUUAUCGGAGGAGUUUUGACUGUCGCUUCACUUGUAGACAGCAUUCUUUUUGCCACAGGACGAGCGCUCAAAAAGGGUGGCUCGUCAAAUGGGAAGCUGAUGUAG